AGUGAAAUGUCAAAAAGUAGGACAGUCGCUGAAAAAAUGAAUUCUGAUGCUGGCAAGUCACUGAAAAUGUUGAAGCAAGCGGAAAGACACAAGGUUGUCUACCUGUUCAGAAAUGCACAUGCUGUUGCAAAACAAAAUCGUCCCAUAUCUGACUAUAAAUGGUUGUGUGAGGUAGAUCAAGCUAAAAAGCUGGACAUUGGUAAUACAUAUGUAAAUGAUAAGGCUGCUGUUGAUUUCAUUAGCUGCAUUGCACAGUGUGAAAAAGAAAAGACUGUACAAAUUCUAAAUGACAGUUCAUUCUUUUCAUUCAUGAUGGAUGGAACAACCGAUAUAUCUGGAGAUGAGCAAGAGGCUAUUUACGUAAGGACAUCUAGUCAAGGUGCAGUAACUGAGAGAUUUCUCAAUAUCGGUUCACCUAGAUCGACAAAAUCUGAAGAUCUUUUCGAGCAUGUUUUGGCAGUAUUCAAAGAAUGUAAUGUUGAUAAAGGUAGAUAUAAUAAUAGCAGUCUUUUCUUUAAUUACUAAUCUCCCCAAAAUUCUUUUUUUCCACCUUAAACGGAUAGAAAAAAAUUAUCAAUAUUCCUUUGAUAUCUUUUGCAAAUUUUUCAAAAUAUAAAUUGUUUAUUAUUAUUAUGAAAAUCAAUAAAAUUAAAACAGGCGUAGUGGAAUCUUCCAUAAUUAUUCAAUUAAUAAGGUUAUUUUAUGCGUAAAGUUGUGUAUUUACUUUAUUUUUUGUAAGGAAUUAUUCAUACAAUGAUAUAAUUAUUUCUUUUAAAGAAAUAACUGUUUUAUUUCAAUUCAAUUUAAAAAAAAGACCAUCUAGUUCGCUAUAACACUCCAUUAGGUGAACUCCCCAGAGCUAUGCACAGAAUAUAACGGAAAACGGCCUUUAGCUAGGUUUUCUAAUUCGUGAAAAUAGAAAUAAACCUUAUUACUUUUUUUAAAUUUGAAAUCAAUUUGGAAAAUAAAAAUAUGUUAUACUUUAUUUUAGGCAGCUUAAGUCGACCUUCAGGCUUUCUUUGGUGUUUACUAAAUUAUGCAUUAUUAAAUGAAUAUUUCAAACAAACUAGUGGGUAUGGGCAGCGAUGGCGCCUCCAAUAUGACAGGAUCACGAUCCGGAUUGUCAACACUUUUGAGACAGCGUAUCAACCCUGAAAUAGUUAACGUACAUUGUAUGUGUCAUAGACUUGAACUUGCUUUCCGUGAUACACUGAAAAAGUCAAAAUUGUAUGAUAAGUUGAUGACAUUGCUCAUUGGCAUACAUUAUUUUUACAAGAAAAGUUACAAAAACAAAAGUGCUCUCUUGAACGCCAUUGAAGCAGUAGGUAAAGGUGUGUUACCACCUAAAGUAACUGGAACCAGAUGGCUUCCACACCUAUGUAGGGGAAUAGGUGCU